AUGACAGAGGUGUCGAUGUGUUGCAGCAGUAGUUGUGAGCUGAGCCCAGAUGAAGAGAGGAUCAUCAUCAGAGACAUUGCACUUUCUGUUCAAACUAAUAUCAAAGAAGGCGACACCUUCUUCAUCAUCACUCAGAGAUGGUGGCAACAUUGGAUUGAAUAUGUGAACCAAGACCAGACAAACCCUUCUUAUGAUGGAUCUUCCUUUCAUGAACAUAGCGAUUUGGCUAGUUUAAAUGCUUUAAAGAGGCCAGCUGGUAUUGAUAAUUAUGAUUUGAUAGAUAAUACUGGAUCAGAGGACUCUAGUACGGGUAUUCAAAUUCACGAUACACUCUUAGAAGGGCGUGACUAUGUAUUACUUCCCCAAGUGGUUUGGGACCAAUUAUUUAAAUGGUAUGGUGGUGGACCAUCAUUAGCGAGGAAAGUUAUUAGUUCAGGUCUUUCCCAGACUGAAUUUGCAGUAGAGGUGUAUCCUUUACGCCUUCAAUUACUCAUGUUGCCAAAAAAUGUUCGGUCCACUAUAAGAAUAAGCAAGAAGGAAACUAUUGGACAGCUACACAAAAACACUUGUGAAAUAUUCGAUCUUCAGUUGGACCAGGUGCGCAUCUGGGAUUAUUAUGGCCAUCGGAAGCAUGCCUUGAUGAAUGACAUGGAUAAGACUCUAGAUGAUGUCAAUCUACAAAUGGACCAAGAUAUUCUUAUUGAGGUCGUAAACAAUACAAAUAGCACAAUCUCUGCUCAAGAAAAUGGAUCAGCACAGAGGGAAGCAAAUUCUGUUCUUGUGGAGCCUUCAAAGUCAAGCUUAUCCGCUGCUGGUGCCCCGUCUACUAGCAAGGGUGCAUCUAGAGGCAACAAUAUUGAACAUUCUUCAUCUCAGAAACUAAAUUCUCCGGACAGAGAUUCAGAAAACCCUUAUGGGACUCUAGGUGUCACCACAAGAGGGUCAUUUGGUGGUCUCACUGGGUUGCUAAAUCUUGGCAAUACUUGUUUCAUGAAUAGUGCAAUACAAUGCCUUGUUCAUACACCAGAAUUUGCUAGGUACUUUAGGGAGGACUAUCAUCAAGAGAUAAAUUGGCAAAAUCCACUUGGCAUGGUUGGUGAACUAGCCUUAGCAUUUGGUGAGUUGCUUCGAAAACUAUGGGCACCUGGGCGAACACCGAUUGCUCCUCGGCCUUUUAAAGCAAAGCUUGCUCGCUUUGCACCUCAGUUCAGUGGGCACAACCAACAUGAUUCUCAGGAACUCUUAGCAUUUUUACUUGAUGGUCUCCAUGAAGACUUAAAUCGUGUUAAGCACAAACCAUAUAUAAAGUCUCGAGAUGCCGAUGGCCGACCGGAUGAAGAAGUGGCUGAUGAGUAUUGGGCAAAUCAUAUUGCCCGUAAUGAUUCCAUAAUUGUUGAUGUAUGUCAGGGACAAUACAAGUCGACUUUAGUUUGUCCAGUUUGCAACAAAGUCUCGGUCACAUUUGAUCCUUUCAUGUACCUUUCCCUGCCUCUCCAGUCCGCCACCAAUAGGACCAUGACAGUGACAGUUUUUAGUUGCGAUGGUUCUACCCUACCAUCUCCGUGUACAGUAACUGUGCCCAAACAGGGACGAUGCAGAGAUCUUAUACAAGGGCUUAGCAAUGCAUGCUCAUUGAAACAUAACGAGAGGAUAGUGCUUGUUGAGAUACGAAACCAUUUGAUCCAUAGAUUUUUUGAAGAUCCCCUUCAAUUGUUGUCCUCAAUUAAAGAUGAUGAUCGUCUUGCCGCUUACAAGAUUCCAAAGAUGGACAAAAACACAAAGUACCUCCAGUUGAUACAUCGCCACAGAGAGCAGAGUAGUGACUCACAUACCGUUUCAGGAUGGAAACCAUAUGGAACACCUAUUGUUUCGUUGAUCUCGUGCGAUGAUACAAUCACAAGAAGUGACAUACAAGUAAUAGUGAAUGGUAUACUCUCUCCACUUCUUUUGAAAGCUGAAACCAAAGCCGUGUCGAAUUCAACAAAUAAGGAUGAUACUGUUUCAAAAGCAACACACCUACCAACGUUACCUCUACUAUUGGUAGAUGAUAACAAUGCUUGCAUUGAUCUUUCAAUGGGAGGGGAGAAAGUAGUUAAACUAUCACCAUCAUCAGCAAGAGUUCUAGUUUAUAUUGAUUGGUCUCAGAAGCUUUUGGAGAAGUAUGAUACUCAUCCACUUGAAACUUUGCCUGAAGUUUUGAAAUAUGGGCCUGUAACCAAAAAAGCCCGUUCUGAACCUCUCUCGUUGUACACUUGUUUAGAAGCUUUUCUGCGUGAAGAACCUUUGGUGCCUGAAGAUAUGUGGUACUGUCCUAAAUGCAAAGAGAGACGACAGGCAAGCAAAAAGCUUGAUUUAUGGAGACUCCCCGAGGUUUUGGUAAUUCAUUUAAAGAGGUUCUCAUACAGCAGGUCAAUGAAGCAUAAACUCGAGACUUUCGUUAACUUUCCUAUUCAUGAUUUUGAUUUAACAAAUUACAUAGCCAACAAAGACAACUCGCGGCGUCAAGUGUAUGAACUCUACGCCCUUACCAAUCAUUACGGUAGUAUGGGUAGCGGACAUUAUACUGCACAUAUUAAGCUUUUAGACGAAAACAGGUGGUACAAUUUUGAUGAUAGCCACAUAUCGCUCAUAAGUGAAGACGAGGUUAAUACUGCUGCCGCAUAUGUUCUGUUUUACCGGAGGGUGAAAACUGACGAUGAGAUUGUAAGCAAUGGAGAUUAG